AUGCUAAUCGUUCGCUAUCUAAUUGCCCUGGUCUUCUCCAUCUUCAUGAUGGCCACCUCGCUGAAGAUCGAAGAGCGCCACCGCAGAGGCAAUGGCUUCAAGAUCUCCACACCGGACCGACUCGUUCUCCAAAUGAGAAAGCGCCAGGCCAUUGGGCAGUACCAGUCCAAGAACAUUGAGACGAGACGCCUGAGUAUCUGA